UUUUGUAUCUUUUUCAUGAUUCAUAGGCAUGAGUCACAGUUUAUCCAGAUAAUUGUUCAAGAGAUUGCUAAUAAAUUGGAUCGUACAGUCUUGAGUGUCACUCCCUACCUAACAGGAAUAGAAACUCGUGUAAAAGACAUUAAUUCACGGUUACAAGAUAGGUCAAACAAUGUUGGAAUAAUGAUAUGUGGAAUGGGUGGAAUAGGGAAGACAACCAUUACAAAAAUUGUUUAUAAUCAAAACUUUGAUAGAUUUGAAGGUAGCAGCUUUCUUGCAAAUGUUAGAGAAACUACAAAACAAUUCAAUGGUUUGGUUCGUUUACAAAGACAGCUUCUUUCUGAUAUUUUUAAGCGGAAAGUAGAAAAAACACACAAUGUUGAUGAGGGAAUCAUUAAGAUUAAAGAUGCUAUAAGCUGUAAAAAUGUUCUCGUCGUUCUAGAUGAUGUGGAUGAAUUGGACCAAGUACAUGCAACAUUUGGAAUGCGACACUGGUUUCAUCCUGCAAAUAAAAUUAUCAUUACAACUAGGCAUGACUGAUUGCUAAAGCCUCACGAAGUUUGUGAGGUAUCCAUGGUUAAGGAGUUUAAUGAUGUUGAAGCGCUUCGUCUCUUCAGCUGGCAUGCCUUCGGACAAAACCAUCCUAUUGAAGCAUACAUGGAGCACGCAAAG